AUGUCAGUGGGUCUCAAGAACCCCGGCCCCCUAGCUCCCUCCCACAUGGCCGACCUGUUUGACUGGGCACUUUUUGAAGAGUGCAACCAGUACACGGAUUGGAGCGGUGGAGAGUGGUACAGCGGCAAGUAUGGGUGCGACUAUGCCAACGAGUUCAUUCUUCGCAACAAGGCGGUGUUUGUGGCUGAGUAUGUGGAGAGCUGGGGCAAUUCAGUGGGAGUGAAGAAUGGCAUUCGAUUCCCCCAGGCAUCUCUUUCCCCCGACUGGUCCGCACGCCUGCGCCCAGUCGCAGGUCCCCCGCUUUCCGCCACCCACAGCCGGGUUACGUCAAGAGCCGCGCGCAUUCCCCCACCCCGCGCCCGUCUCUACCCCACGCCGUGCGCUUCCCCCGCGACAAGGGGGGAUGGGAAGGCGCACGUGUGGCUGCCGUUUCGGCUGGGGAUGGGUCCAGGUGGACUGGGCGGCAUCUCUUGGCAGCAUGUGACUCUGCACGUGGUGCAAGUGGCGGUGGGAUGUGCUACUGGAAUCGGACGGUCAUCCUUGCACGAUCGUGCGCACCAUAGACAAAGAAGAUCCUCAAGAGUGCCAUUGCAAUCCCCGUCAUCGCCAUACUCGUUACCAGCAACAGAAUCAUCCUCGUUAGUAGCAUCUUCAACAUCAGCACCAGUGUCACCGUCAGCCGUUGCGAAGCUGCUGCAGACAGGAAACGCUGCGGCGCUGCUUCUCGUCUGCCAGGCCCUCUUCCCCGCUUCCUUUUCUAUCGCAACACCCGCUCUCGCCCUCCUCCAUAUCCUCUCCUCCUCGCCCCUCCUCGCCCCCCUCUCCCGCAUCCUCGCCCCCCUCUCCCGCGCCCUCGCCCCCCUGUCGCGCCUCCUCUCACUCCACCCCCGCUUUAGGCCGCGCCUGCCCAGCAGCACAGGCGGGGGGAGGGGGGAAAGCAGCCUGAGCGGGGGAGGGCGAGGGACGUCCAUAUCUCUCCCUCUUCCAUCUUUCCCUUACAGCGCUGGUCUGCCCAGGGGCAUCUCUCUCCCAAUAGCCGUGGAGUAUGAGCGAGUGCGGGUGCGUGUGCAGGUACAGCAUACGCUGGUCUGUCUGGGUGCGUCCCUGCCAAUAGCUGUGGAGUAUGAACGAGUGCGGGUGCAAAUCGGGAAGGGUCCCGCAGGGGCGUGUGGAAGGGAGGGCGAGGCGGCGUGGAGGAGGGCGCAUAGAAGAGCAGCAAGCCGAGUGGCGAAGCUGAUCAAGACAUACCACGACAUCCCACAGGCUGGUGGCGUCUUGGACCUGACAGAGGCCGCCACUCUGCUGCACUACAGGACAAACAGCACUGCCCCGUACAUCAUGCCAACUCCAAUCCUCCCUCCGUCAUUGGUGUCAGCAGCAGCAGGACCAUCCCUCCCUUCCCAGUUCCUCCCAUCACCCCACCCCUGGCCUUCCACUCACAGUCUAGUCACUCUCUCCUUUCCCCUCUCCUCGCCCUUCCCUUCUCGUACACCGCAAAAGAAGGGAACGGAGAAGGGGGAAGUGGAGCAGGCAUUGGGGCGGGGAGAAAAGGAGAUUGAGGAGGAGAGUGUGGAGAAACGGUGGGGCAUGAGCAAAGGCAACAACAAGUGCAGCAUCAGCAGUAGAAGCAGCAGUUUGGAUAGCAGCACUGACCUGAUAAUCAGUGACAGCAGCACUUGGACCGGUUCAGACACCAGUAGCACCACCAGUAGUCUCAGCAGCAGCCCCACUAGCAGCACCCGAGCUGGAGGCAAGGGGAGCAGCUGCAGCUUCAGUAGCGGGAGCAAUACCAGGAGCAGUAGCAGCAUUUGCAAUGGCAAUAGUAGUAGCAGCAGCAACAGCAGUAUAAAGGGCACUGGUACACUCUCUUCAAUCCUGAGACGUCUCAGAGACAGCAGCAGCGGUAGGAACGAUGCCGCAAAACAAGUGCGAAUUCCUUUAGCUAGACAAUGCCACCAGUGCCUUGGCUUGCCAGAACCUGUACCGUUGCCGAACGUGACUAUAGAAGGAGAGACUCACAUACCCUCCUCUAACAGCGACGAGACCCACGGACAGCCCCACGAGGGGCACAUGGCGCGCUCUGAUUGGCCGCUGUCUCGCUGGCAGCAGACCUUCUCCCUCUUCCUCCGGGCUCUCUUUCUCGCUCUCAUCUUCUCCCCCCUCCUCCUCCUCGGCCCCCUCCUGCUGCUGCUGCACCGCUUACUCCCAGGCGCACAGGCAGGCGAGGGGAAAAUGGAAGCGGGAGAAGAGACAGGGGAGAGCAAGGGGGUGGUGGCCGCUUGGCAGAAUCAAUCCACGGAAGGUUCCUCAAACAAAUCUCCGUCGGAGCAAGCAGCUGCACAGGAAGCUUCCCGAGCGGAACCUUCCAUGAAGCAGCAGUGCCGCGACGCCAUCCACCAGCUUCUACUCUUCGCCCUGCGCCGGGGGGGAGCAGCGUUCAUCAAAUGGGGCCAGUGGGCCUCCACCAGAGAAGACCUCCUCCCGCCCUCCCUCUGCCUCGUCCUCGGGUCCCUCCAAGACCAGGCUCCGACACACUCCUUCUCGCAUACCCGCCGCGCCGUGCGGAAAUACCUCGGGUGCCCGUUGGAGGAUCUGUUUGUGGAGUUUGAGAGGGAGGCGCUGGCGUCGGGGAGCAUAGCGCAGGUGCACCGGGCGAGAGUGAGGGGCGCGUGUGCGCACGUGCCUGAGUGGGUGGUGGUGAAAGUGAGGCACCCGCGCGUGGGGUUGCGGAUCAAGCAGGACUUUGAGGUGAUGGCGGGGGUGGCUGCGGUGGUGGAUCGUGUCCCGGGGCUCAAGUGGAUUCGGCUGCAGGAUAGCCUGGAGCAGUUCAGCCACACGAUGAGAGAGCAGGCUGACCUCAGGGUGGAAGCAUACCAUGCGAGCCGCCUGUACACCGACUUUUAUCCCGUGAGGGAGAGGGUGGUGAUCGCACAGGUGCUGCCUCACCUGGUGUCGGAGGGGGUCAUUGUGGAGAGCUUUGAGCGCGGGGAGCCGCUGCACCGGUUCCUGCACUCCAAGGAGAACAGCUCGCUCAACACACAGAUAGCAGCAGUGGGGGUGGACGCCUAUCUGAAGAUGCUGCUACAGGACAACCAUAUCCACCUGGACCUGCACCCCGGGAACAUCCUCGCUCGCAUGGCGGCAGUGGCACCCCCACCUGCACGACCAACAGGGGAGGCCGUGCUACAACCCGGUGGGCUACAGCCGGGUGCGUUGCAGCAGCAAAGCAUGCUACAGCCGGAGGGGCAGGGGCAGCAGGGAGCGCUACAGCUGGUGAUUCUGGACUAUGGGCUGAUGGAGGACCUCUCAGCACACGUGCGCUCCAACUUCCUCUGCUUCAUCGCCUCCAUCAUGUCCUCCAACGCCAAGCAAGCGACCCACUUUUUGCUUCGGUUCGCGGCCCCGUUCCCCCAGCGCUGCACCAACCGGGAAGCGCUGGAGGCUGACAUGCGCGAGCUGUUUGCCAGAGACUGCCAGCUACACCACCGAUGCAUGGACCUUAAUGAUGUGCUUAAAAAGGUUCUCCGCAUAUGCUGGGUGCACCAUGUCACAGUGCAUUCCUCCUACGCCUCGCUCCUUAUCGCCAUGUGUAUUUUAGUGGGGUUUGGCCAGACGCUCGACCCCGAAUUGUCCAUCUUGGAUGCAGCGGCUCCGUGCUUCUUCCUCUACAAUCUCACAGGCCGCAUCAUUGGCAGAAUAUACGGCUAG